UAUGUCAAGAUCAUGACCAUGCAUUAUGUCUGAUCGGGAAGCAAUGAAAACUAGAACUCUCCUUAGAAAUUGGUCGUUGCAGUUCAGUUUGUUCCUCAUCUACGCUAUGUUGGGAAGUUUAAUGUUCUAUAGAGUGGAAAGAAGAAACGAGACGUAUGCUGCUACCGCCAACCGAUUAUUUGUAAAGUUGAAAGCAGAAAUGUCAAAAAGGUACAAUUUGACGAACUUAACAGACUCGGAUUUCUACGAUUUUGUUGUCGCAGCACACGAGAUUGUCCAAACAGGAAAACAAAGGGACUGGACAUUUGGUAGUGGAUGUGAUUUCACGUUCGCGGCAUUAUCCACAAUAGGGUAUGGAGAUAUUGCACCCAAGACAGCUCUUGGCCAAGGCCUGACCAUUCCCUAUUGUUUGGUUGGUCUGCCAGUAACUAUGCUGUCAAUAAAGACAUCUGGAGAAGUGAUUCUUCUAUCACUACGAGCUGCGGCUACUAUGUUUGAAAMAAUAAUUCUCGGGCGUCAAAAUCCAAAYAUCGGGUUUACCAAAUUGUUUUUGAUGRUAAUCRCUUGUCAAGUUACACUCGUGUGCUCAAUGGCGUAUCUUGAGAUGUACACCGAUGGCUGGACCUUCCUGGAAGGCGUUUAUUGCUGGUUUAUAACAUUCACAACUAUAGGCUUUGGAGAUUAUAUUCCGUUUAGCACYUCUCGAUUCCCAGUCAACAUGAAUCCCUGGUUAMUCAAUUUUAUCGAAUUGCUGAUGACUUUUCCGUAUACAUUAGGCCUCUGYCUAAUUUCUUCAUUGCUGAACUUGCUCGUGGAAAACUCAGAGAAAAUCAAAUUCAGUUGUAGUAUAAUGAACUUCUGUAGAAACAGAGUGGAAGCUAAAGAUCGAAAAUCUGAUAUUCUAAACGAAGAGGCAGAAGUGCAUGGAAUUCGCCUUGAAAACUAUACCUUUGCUUCAACUUCCACCGAAGGACAAAUCUGAUGGGAAUGGAGGACUAUACUCCGAGAACCAAAGUCACCGUAAUUUUGAGCUUUUUUUGCGCGAAUUUGUUUCAACAAAACAUAGUUAGUAGCUAUAACUAUGAGCAAAAGCACUAAAACCACUUAAAAUUAAUCAAGCAAAUAGUCUCCUUCACGGUUACCUGCGCCAUCUUGAAAGA